AAAAUGGAAGAAAAAAAAUGGCGAAGUAUGCAAUCUGCUUCAUGUUGUUCGUUUAAUGAUUCUGAUUCUGACAUGGGCACCGUUCUAACACAUAAUGAAUUGUUUUGCGAUCUUUGUCGAGAUGAGCUAAUUAUCGAGAUGACUAGAGGACAGGAAAUUUUGUUCACCAAGGCUACACCAAAUUGUCUAAGUCCGUCAAACAAUUCUGAAGCCGUAGAAAUGAAAGAUCAUCAAAAACAAGCUCAUAUGAUGAAAAAACAGCAUUCAUCUACAUCAUUGGAUCAGUUAGAAAUUAUCUCUAAAAACAAUGUUUUGGAUUCUAAUACCGAAUCAUGCUCUAGGCUUAAGAAUAUAUUCAGCAGACCAAAAACAUACAGUGAAGGAUUCAAAAGUAAUAGUACAGCAAAGCAAAAGAAAAGUGGCACAAAUUAUUCUGAAAUUAACAAAAGUACUUGUCGCUUUAUGAGUAAAAAAAAGAAAACGAAGACAGCGAACGUUCCAACUGUUAUUUCAGUCCGUAAAUUGGAGAAACAAGGCUAUUCGAAAGAAGAGGCUUUGUCAAAGUAUAUAGAAAUUCAGCGUGAAAGAGCUGGUCCGAAACUGGUAACUAAUAAAGUGCAGAUUGAUCGAGAAGAAAUGCCUUGGGUGCCAUCAUUACCACCAAUACUACGUAAGCACUUUUCAGUUAUUGAAAAGCGAACUGAUCAUCAGCGUUAUGUAGCUAUCGUAUCCAACUAUUUAAAUGGAAAUCACUCUGAACCACGUUUUCAACAAAAUCGACAAGAAAUUAGCGUCAUGGAUGAGAAACUGAAGAAUGAACGUUUGCAAUAUCAGGAAUUGGUUUUGCAUAGUCUUUCUUCCAGAAAAAAAUCGGCGUAUAUGUUUUCAAAUCAUCAAGUCAUCUCUUAUAUUUUGGAUCGACUGAGAUCACGUGCUUUAUCAUUGGAUGGCAAUUAUGGCGCACCAAUUUUUGAUCAAGAUAUGAAAAACGUAGCUGAAGAUACAUUAACGGUUCUGACAAAAAAAUCAAUCCUUCAUCGAGGCAUAUUGCCGAAAAUCUUUUUCCCAAAUGAAAGACGUUACUUUACUUUCAAUUGUUCUGUUGAUGAUUUGUCAACGUAUUUUCCACGAUCUGAAAUGACAGAGUUUCCGCUUAAAUUUGACGAUCUUGCAAUGCAUUUGGCAAUUCAACAUAAUGUUCGUGUUGUAAUGUGUUGUAGUAGUGCACUGAAAAUAUUGUGUGAUUCGUGGGUUGCUGAUUCUAAUGCAUAUUUAUUGCCAGUUGUAGUUAAACGAGGUUUCAGUGCAAGAACGAAUUCCGCUGAGAAAAGAUUGUUUUCUGAUAAACUUUUUUCAGAUCGUUUUGAAAACAUUUGUUUGGUCGAUAAACCUUGUAUUGAAAAAUCAGUCAAUGGUCCAUCACUAAAUCGACGAUACUCCAAGUUAUGCAUGAAACUGUCAAUUUAUGGUAAAUUGAAACAGUCAACAGAUGAGAUGGUAUCACUUAAAGGAGAUGAACGACAACGGAGAGUAUCAGAAACAGACACUGAAGAACUCAAUGACAAACAUCAGGCAAGAGAAGAUGUUCUUUUCAAUAAUGUCAUCAGUGAUGAAGAAUUCCAAAAAGAAUCAAACACUAUUGCUGAGAACAGCAAUAAGGAUGGACAGAAUAUGAAACGUGCCGACUUGUUGUCGUCAUCUGCUCAGAUAUCGAUUAACAGUGACUUCUUGGGUGAUAUAGCGAUUGAAAUGAAUGCCGCUGACAAUAAUUUAACCAGAAAAUGUGUAAAAACUUGGCUCGGAAACUGUCAUUUAGAAAAGGCAGAAAACUCUUCAUUAUUUAACGGUGCGGAUCUUAAAAAACGUUAUGUAUUAUUCACACUUGGACAUGAUGGAAUGGAAGAUGUCGACAUAAUUGUGCGUGCUAAUAAUGAUGGAGUUGAUAUGUCUGCGAAGGAGCUUUGCAUUGUUCAUAAAAUGGAAUAUGCUGCUGAGUUUGGUGCAGAGAAUUUGGAUGUUGAAGAAUGGUUAAACGAUUAUUUUCGUUGCAAGUUAAAAAGUGCAUCACAGCUCGUUCGUUUACGAAUACAUCAUUCUGAGCAGUAUUUACUUCAAAAAGAAUGUUACAAUGAGAGCGCGUUAACCGUGAACCGACUCGACUUACGAAAACUGUAUGUAUCUUUAUCCUGUGCCGAGAGACGAGCACAGAGGUUAAAAGAUGUGGUUACAAAAUUAGAGUCGCUGGAAGUAGGAAAAUAUCUGAUUCGAAAAGAUUCAAGCAAAUUGCAGAUUUUGCCAUCUGCAGAAAAUAUGAGCGAACCGUAUUUGACGAAAGAUCGAAUCAGACAACUGUGUUUUGAUGAAUAUUUGCCCCCAGUAAAGGAUAUUUUUCGAGGCAUUGAUGAGCAUCUAGUGCUAGUUUAUCAUAUGAUACAAAAAAGGAUACCGGCUACUUUUGCACUCAAAAGGAACCAUCAGGAAAUCAAGGAUACAGAGAAAAAUCGUCGUUCUGUUACACGUAAAGCACAUAGACCUAGCAAUCAACUGAGCAUUGGCCCCCACCCCACAUUUUUACAAGCACGAGACGCCAGUACACAAAGCGGUAUGGUAUCGUCAAAUCGUAAGUCUAAAAGACGCAGUAAGUGUCAUCGCCGGAACACAAAUACCAAACAGUAG